UAAUCUAGUUUUCACUUCCGUAUGCCUGUUCUGGUGCAGAGACCGACCUAUAUUGCAUGCUGCACUGUCCCGUCUGAUUUAAGUUUAGGACUUAUUUAUAUUGCAAGGUCAAAGAUGAGGUAAAGUGGAGGCAGGCUGCUGCCUCUGGCCAAACCAUGGAAGGACUCUAUUUUGAUGUGAAGCCCCGAGGAGAUAAACCACACACACCAGGGAGCUCUGAGAAGCCUCGUCCUAAUCUAACUUCAAACCACCGGUCGUGUCCGUCGUUUUCUCAUCUCGCCUCUUCCACACAGAGUCCUCAGAAACCCAAUUGUGCCAGAGGGAGGAUUCCAACAUGGGGGGGGAAGCUGGAGGAAGAGGGAGAGGAGGAUGAGGAGGAGGAAGUACGAUACAAACUGACACUGACCGGUUCUCUGCCGGUCCACCACCUCACCACCAUGGCCAUGCUGCCCUGGGUGGUGGCUGAGAUCAGCAGAUCACGGCCUACGGAGAAGGAGCCGGGCGUGGGAGUCAGACAGUCGCCCCCUCCUACCUCAAGGCAGGUGGUCUUUCUGUGUGUGUCGGCGUCAUGGGUGCGAUGCAUGUCCGUUCUGGGACAGGGACUCAUCUGGGACCCUCUAUCACAUACAGUGCUGUUUGAGUGUCGUCCUCACCAAGUGACUAAGCUAAUUCACAACAGCCAGGAACCCAGCAGCUUUGGCUGCCUGGUCAGAAAGACUCCAGACUGCGCCUGCUAUGUCUUCCAGUGCCAGGACAGCACCAAGGUCCCUGAGAUUAUCAGUACGCUGAGGCAGGCUGGCAAGAGCUCAGCACGCAGCAAUGAUAUCACCGCCCUUCCCAACAAAACUUCCACUGGAGGCAGUGAUCCCUCUGAACCAGGUCUUUCUUAUGUCUCCGCUACGACAACCUCCACGGCUCCCACCAUCGCUGUUUCUCCAACAGCUUUUGCCAAAAAGUUUGAGGUGCUGUUUUGCGGCCGUGUGAGUGUUGCUCACAAGAAAGCCCCACCUGCCCUCAUCGACGAGUGCAUCGAGAAGUUUAGCCAGUUACAUGGCUCGGGCACGACUGAUAAAGGAGGAAAUGGCGGGGGGUUGAUGGGCGGGCUGAGGAGGGCAUUAGCGUUCCAAUCCAAUGGACUGGGCAGCGGUGCUGUUGGUAAUGGUGCUGCAGGGAGCCCCACCACCGGUAGGCGCCCAGUCCUGUUCAAGCGAGACCCCAGCUUUCCCUGUCUCCAGGACCUGGAUGAAAACGGACUUUCACCUGAGAUUUCUCACAACAACACUACUGACGUGCUCGCCCGCUCCCCUGAAGUACAGCCCACCAGCCUGCAGGAGAACAGGACCAUGCUGUUUACGGUUGGCAGGUCUCAGAUCUUCUUGGUUAGUCCAGACACUAAGAAAGUUGCCAUAGAGAAGAGUUUUAGAGAAAUCUCCUUCUGCUCACAGGGUAUUCGUCACGUGGAUCACUUUGGCUUCAUUUGUAGAGAGACGGUGGAAGGGGGCAGCUGCCACUUUGUUUGUUAUGUCUUCCAGUGUACAGAUGAAUCACUGGUGGACGAGAUCAUGCUGACUUUGAAGCAGGCGUUUUCUGUGGCGGCCCUGCAGCAGAAUGCAAAGACCCAGAGCCAGCAGUGUGACAGCUGCCCCAUGCAGCAGCUCCACAGACUGUGUGAGAGGAUAGAAGGUUUGCAUCCAUCUAAAACCAAACUGGAGCUUCAGAGACACUUGGCCACCUUGGACAAUCAGGAGCAAGCGUCAGUCUUUGAAAACACUAUGAGGGCUCGUCCUAAAAGUGAUCAGGAAGAGAAUGAGUUGGUGAUGGCCUCACUGAGGAAUCUGUAUGAGGAGAGACAGAGGAGCCAUCAGCACACACUGCCUGGAGACAGCAAACAAGUUUGUGAGGAUGCAGCUUCAGCCCCCGUGGAGGCACAGCAGCAGAGUAGCAGCCGGCAGCGACUUGAGCAGUUCAAGAGCAGAGCCAAGCGCUCUCUCACAGAGUCCCUGGAGGGCAUCUGGAAGGGGAGCAGCAAGGCCAGAGCUCAGAGGGACAACAGCGAAGGAAGUGACAGCAGCUCCUCCAUCUGUACUGUAAACAGCAGCCAGGACCAGUCCUGCUUAGAUGACCCCUUGCCUGCCUCCUCCCAGCUACGACCCACCAGCCCACUCAGGUGCCACAACUCAACAGGAGACCUGAAGCGCCUUGACACCUCCCUCCCCCUGUCUCCCUCCUCCUCCUCUUUACCGGGUGAUGCUCAGCCACAGGGCUUCCGGCGUCGGGCCAGCACCUUCAGCCACCCUCCCACCCCCUCUUCAGUACUUGAGUACUCGCCAGUUCACACACUAACUCAUACUCCACAGGAUCCAACUGCCGCUACCAAGCCCAAGCUCGUACGACACUACUCCGUCAGCACAGACACACCGCACCAGAGCAAACAUGCCCCAACUGACUCCACCCUUCCUCCUGUUCCUCCCUGCCCUUCAUCUCCCUCUCCUCUGCUCCCUCAUCAUCCUUCCUCCCCUUCUUCUGGAGCGCGGCUCAAAAGAAGUCCUCUGGGUGGUCUGCGUGCUCGUCUCCACUCCUCCUCCUCUGUCCCUAAUUUUCUGAAAUUUCCAUUUCUGGCCCCUCUCCAAGAGAAUGAUUGUCCUGAGCCAAAGAGCAGUGAUGUAGCGGCUCUUUCUACACCAAGUGCUGCAUGUGGAGUAGGAGAAAGCCCUCUGCGCAGUCACCGCCAUUCAUGGAGGCAGCAGAUCUUUCUACGGGUCGCUACACCUCAGAAGAACACAGACACCAAUGAGCGCGGGGAUUCCUGUAUAGACGGAGGUCGAGUCUGCGUGGGCCAGGUGGGAGUUGGAGGAAGUGGAGACACGUCCAUGAGGGCGGUGCCUGAGGAGAGGACGAAAAGGAGCAAAGAGGAGCUGAGGGAGCUGUGGAGGAAGGCCAUCCUGCAGCAGAUCCUGCUGCAGAGGAUGGAGAGGGAGAACCAGAAACUGCAGGCCUCAGAGAGCGACCUGCAGAACAAGCGUCUGAAGCUGGACUACGAGGAAAUCACUCCGUGUCUGAAGGAGGUCACUGUGGUGUGGGAGAAGAUGCUGGGAACUCCUGGGAGAGCAAAGAUCAAAUUUGACGCGGAGACCAUACACGCUGCUGUUGCACAAGGCGUCCCGAGGCAGCAUCGAGGCGAGAUCUGGAAGUUUCUCUCUGAACAGUACCUGCUCAGGCAGACUGUUCCGUCCCGACCUCCUGCCAACCACACUCCAUACAAAGAGCUGCUGAAACAGCUCACCUCGCAGCAACACGCCAUCCUCAUAGACCUGGGUCGCACUUUUCCCACUCAUCCAUAUUUCCAAGCCCAGCUGGGAGCAGGGCAGCUGUCUCUGUAUAACUUACUGAAAGCCUACUCCCUGCUGGACCCUGAGGUGGGCUACUGCCAGGGCCUGUCCUUCAUUGCAGGAGUCCUGCUGUUACACAUGGGGGAAGAGGACGCCUUCAACAUGCUCAAAUUUCUAAUGUAUGACGUUGGGCUUCGUAAACAGUACAGACCUGACAUGAUUAUCCUGCAGAUUCAGAUGUACCAGUUGUCGCGGCUGCUCCAUGACUACCACAGGGAUCUUUAUAGCCACCUGGAGCAACAAGAGAUCGGACCCAGCUUAUACGCCACCCCCUGGUUCCUCACCGCCUUCGCCUCACACUUCCCCCUCGGCUUCGUGGCCAGAGUCUUCGAUAUGUUGUUCCUGCAGGGGUCAGAGGUCAUCUUCAAGGUGGCCUUGAGCCUGCUGGGAAGUCACAAGCCUCUGAUCUUGCAGCAUGACAGCCUGGAGUCCAUUGUUGACUUCAUCAAGACCACCCUUCCCAACCUGGGCCUGGUGCAGAUGGAGAAAACCAUCAAUCAGGUUUGUGAGAUGGAUGUGUCCAAGCAGCUCCAGGCUUACGAGGUAGAGUAUCACGUCCUGCAGGAUGAGCUGCUGGACACGCCCCCGACCCUCAACCAACAGCAGCGAGCUGCACAGCUGGAGAGGACCAAUCAGAGCCUCCGACAGCAGAACCUUGACCUGCUUGAGGAGCUGCAGGUGUCCCAUGCUCGUGUGUGCAGCCUGGAGAGUCGGGUGGAGUCUUUGGUCCAGUCGGAGGGCCGACUGAAGGAACAGGUUUCUGCUCUGGAAGAGGAGAAGAAGCAGCUGCUGAGCACCGUCACGCGUCUCCAGGACCUUCUCACCAGCCUCGACAUACACAGCUCCCCUGAUGGAUUCACAAUCCCAUCAGCAGCAGCAAACACAGAGGACAGUAAGGGGGUAGCAAACAGGACCGUUGAUUCCCUUCUCCACUCCUUAGCUCUUCCAGAGGGUGUGUAAAUACAAAUAAUACAUUUCCAAAUAGAAAGGUCGACCAGAGGAGGAGCCGGCUGUGGGAGACCCAGGAAGAGAGGGUCGAGGGAGACAUUAACGAUGACUCCCUACCUUGACCUUUAUCCUCUUCCCAGCUCCAGAAUGUUUUAAUAAAAAGAGAAACAGAGGAAGUUGGAUGUAAAACACAGAGGAGAAGAAUGGAAAUAUAAAAAAAAUGGGGAUGAGGUUAAGAGAGAAAUAAAGGAUGGCACCCUCGAGUAUUAUCCUAAAACGCCACAAAGGCCCUCUUCCAGCUCUCUAACAAAUGACCAACAGUCCCCAAAGAUAGCACUGUCUCCUGUGCUGUAAAAACAAAACAGUUACACUUGCACCUGUACUUGUAUGUUUGUGUCUUUGAAUGUCUGUGAGUGCUGUCACUCAUGUAUUUUAUUCUCCUAUGAGAGGGUUUAACUGUCGAAUGCAACAAGGCAAAAAGAGCCUUGACUGUCCUUAUCAGUGUAAAACAAGCUCAGACAAAGACUCAGAUACUCCGACUGUAUCCUGAAACAAGAUGUUACUGAUCACCCUCACACUCGACAAGUCAGAAAUACGAAGUUGAAACAUUGAAAGAAGUGAGACAAAAAAGUGAAGCUGAAGGGACGGGUGAAGAAAUAAACUUCACGACAAGGUGUUUUUUCUGUUAAAAUGGUUGAAUAUGACUUAAAUGAUGUAAGAUUUGUGGAUGGCGGUGCUCAUAUGAGGAGGUCAGAGUUCAACGAUUUUUUUCAAAAUAUUUCUUUCCUCCUUUGCUUUUCUAGUCUUCCACGGUUUUGUUUCUUGAUCCAGUAGGUUUUUCAAACUCCAUUUAGUUAAAGUAGCUCACAGGAAGAGUAACACAAUAAAUCCACUCCAUUUCACAUCCUGUUUAUUCACCUCUGAAUACACGUCCAUCUGUCUGUGUAGGAAGGAAAGUAGACGGAGUUUCAGCAGAAAAACUUUAAAACAGUAGCUUUUCUAGUAAAGGGGGUGGGGGUGGGGGGGUUUGUGACUGUUAUUUUGAGAGCCUGAUCAAUUACUUUGAAUUGUCACAAAACAAACGUAAUGUCUGAAACGUCAAACAGGAGACCUCUGCUGUUGAGACAAUCUGUCAGCUACAAAUCAUUUACUGUACUCAACACACUGAACUCUUUCAACCCCAGAGCUGCAGCUUGGUGUGUUUCUGUGUGAAUGUCUAAAUGUGUCACUGUGUGUGUCUGUGUGCUUGUGCACUUCACUGAUCAACAAAUGUGUUGAUUUACACUGUAAAGAUAUUUCUGCUUUUACUCCUGACUCUCCUUGCACAUGUUUUUGUUUUAUUGAUUAUUACCAUUGUUGUUGUUAUGUACCUCAAAAUACAUUUCAUAUCCUUUCAGCA